CUGCUGCUCGCUGUUUUUGUAUGUGCCUCAGAGCGGAUUCAACCGCCAAGUAAGUUGCAUUUUGCCAUGUCACGGUAAAGAAGUUUGGGAGCAGUUUACUCAAAGCAAAUUUAGAUCUUGUGGACUCGGAGAUAUAUGUCGAAAAAAAAAGUGACAUGAAAUGAGAGCCUUUUGCGUAUCCUGAGAGCAGUUUCUGGUUAUUUUCGAGCCGUUGUUGUUACUGUACAGCUAACCUUACACAGUGAAGCCAGAAGCCUCAUGUUUUCGUCAAGCCAAGAGGAGUACUGCGCCCCUUCCAAGGACCCAGUGAAAUACGGGGAACUGGUGGUGCUUGGGUGAGUAAAGCCUUCCCGAUGUGUUAUUUGAGUCAAUAUUAUGUUACAGGCUUCUCUACGGGAAUUGGAAGCUCGUAUUUGUCUUUGAGGAAGUUUCACAAGAGGGAUCCCACGUAGCGAACUUAGCGACGCGAGUGUGCGUCGUGUUAGGUAUCAAAACCAGCAAAGAUUUGGCCCCUUUAGUACUCAUUUCUAACACAGGAGCAUUGACCUCUCCUCAGCCAAAUCUCCACAUAGUGCUAGAAAAAAAAUCGUGUAGCCCAGUUGAGAUUCACGAGCUCACGUUACUCUACUAAUCAGGCACGUGCGCAGUCAGAAAUGUGUACAUUUUAGUGUUCUUUCAGGUGGUGGCGUUUCAUUCCUCCUUAACCAGGAGAGAGAUCACUACUAUAACUCGCUGGGUUUGUUCUAGUCGAUGCUCACAAGAUUAAUAACCUACAGGACAACUUGGUGAACUCGGUUAAAGUGAAUCCAGCACUCAGGAACUCUGACCCGAGCGCUCCUUCUACCUAAGGGUUGGAUUCAUGGGGUUUUAGGAAUUCGGAAGUGGUGAUGGUCCCCUCCCCCAGUCCAGGGUGUUCUUCCUAUUUUCAUUACUAUCUCAAACCAAACAACUUAACCUCAGCAGUCACGCGCACAGCACCCUGGGGCCAUGGUUUGUUUUGUUUUGUAGAUGCUAAUACUAUUGUUGCACAUAUAUUGUUUAUCCUUGCACGCUAUGCAGAUUUCAAACUCUGAUGUUCACAGGGCAGGUAGUGGAUCCGAAUAGGAGUCAGACUAUUCACAGCAACGUGUUAAUUGUGGUGCAUGGAUCAAACCGAUUUAUAUCGCGAUAUACCAGUAUUACAACAUAAUGGUUUCGAGGAAAAAGGAGAACACUGUUGGUUAAUCUGACAAAUGAAAUUCUGGAAGAUUCAAGGCACUACCUUUGAUUGGUAAAACAAACCAAAACUGCUGAAAAAAGUUCAGCUGAUCCAUGAAUAGUAUUUCAAAUUACAUCCUGAUGAAUACAGGGAAAAGAGGAGUGAUACCAAGACCGCAGAGCACAAUCUUUGUGAAUGUUUCUAUAGCAUUACAGUCUUUACAUUGUUUUAAAGAACUGAAAGCCUUAAAUAGUAGUUCGGAAACUCACUGAAAGUUUUGGGCCAUUUUUCGUUUGGAAAGAGUUGACUAAAAAGUUAUUCCAAAAAAACUUUUUUCAAGGGCAGUUAAAUUCUGACACAAAAUAGAUUUAUAAAAAAUUAUUUCUGACUUGGGAGAGAGAAGGAAAAUGAUUCAGAAAAAACGUUCAGAAAAUGGUUAUGACUGGGAGUUAAACCAGCAACCAACAUGGCUAGGACUUUAGAGUCUGUAGAUGAGGCGCAUAAAAUUUUGCCGCUGGGCCAAAUUGAAAGCUUCUUUUAAGCUUUUUUUUGUCCUUCUUGACAGAGUUAACAGAGUGGGAGAGUGGAGAGUAACAUGCUGGGAAGAACCAACCUACUGGAAGCAAACCCAGACCGACUACUUGAGGCACAACUGCCAUAUAUUAGGUGCUUGCUUAGACUUGUAGACCAGCAACAACUUGUCUGAACAUUUUCUAUAAAAACAAACUCAUAUAUACUGUUUAUUUUGAUAACUGGAUAUUAAAAUAGCAAAUCUUGGUUUAAAGAAAAAGUGGCCAGUCUGAUAAUUAUUGUCUUGAUAAAUAGUGUAAAAAUGAUUAAAAAUGCUUUCUACACUUGAAAGCUGCUGAGAAAAAACAUCUUCAAAUUGCACCUUUUUAGCAUACUACUAACUUCCAGAAAUCAGGGGAUAAACGAAUUGGUAUUUGAAAUAAUGUGUAACACAAAAAUCCUUAAAUGCCAACAAUUGGAAAAACUGAAGAAGUAACUGUGUAAACUGUACAAAAAUUGCAAUUAUGGUGAACAGUUUAUUUUUUCAAUCAUCUUAUAAUUUCAUAGAAUCCUGGUGUCUCGAUCACUCCAAAGCUAUUGUUUUGCUAUUAGAUGGCUUUAAACCAGCAAAUAUUUUAGUUUCUUUGAUACCGUAAAAAACAAAACAGGCUCUGGAGAAAUAAUCACUUCUUUUCAAAUAAGACUUUAAGCUGAAAUCGUAUUGUAAGAAGUGUUGCAAAAUCCCUAAGAAAACCCUCCUUAAUCUGUUAAUGUAAGAAAACAAGGCUCUUUUGGUUGCACUAGUAUACAUGUCUUAUCCUGCCAGUGAUACACCUAGUCUGUCUUUGUCUUUGUUUAAGACAUACUAUUCCAGGAGUGCUACUGUGUCUUUACAGAUGAAGCUGCAGACAGUCAUUAUUCCAAACAGCCAUGUUUGUAUUUAUAAAGAGCAGCAGCUUCACUGAUGAUGAAAAACACCUGCUGUGUAAUCAGUUAUUGAAGUUUGGCCAGCACUGCAGCGCAUAUGGAAGUAAUUCAAGCUUGAAAUGAACAUUUCUAGGUGUUUGUGCUGAGAGAAUUACAUAUAUGGAGUGUGGUUUUGUCCCCUGCCCUCCACCCAUCCACUCACAGCAAUAGUGCUUAUUAUAAGGGACAAAAAGUGCUGACUGCUUAUUACCCCGGGCUGAACAUGUGGCGUGUUUGAAGCUGACACUUUUGUUCUCUCCUCUGACAUAAAGACACAUAUUUGAAUCAGAUGUGACGGGUGUAUAAUCACUACCAUGACAUCACAUCCCAUUGAUAAAACCGAUGGUAGACAAGAUAGCUGACAGCACGGAACAAAGCUUGUUUGAGCAGCAGUUCCCUCAGUGGUUUGUUGUCAUGACCGUGGUGGCUCUUAUUACUUGCAUGGCUGCCCCCCAUCUCUGCUCUCUGCCUGGGCGUGUUGGCUCGGUGCUGGUCAGUGAGGGAGGGAAAGGGGAGGAAGAGGGAGGGGGUGGCUGCGUUGGGAUCCUGGAAAUGAAAGGAUGGAUUGAUCAGGACUCAGGCUAUGCCUUUCCUCAGCUUCCUCUGUCCAUUGUGGCGCAGAGACUAGGCCUAUUGAUUGAACUUUGAACAUUUUCGCUUAAGAUCUACUCCAUCAAGGAAGUGCACAAAUCAACUAAGGGGACAUCUUUGGUACGAACUGACACCGAUUCUUCAGAGACAAGAUGAAGAGUUGUCUUUUUGCCUUCCUCAACUCCACAAUGAGGUCAUAGUGUAGGCAGAGCUGGUGUGGUAAGUGAGGUUAUAUUAGUCAGAUGUAUACUCAGAGUUAUGUCAGCGUGGAUCACAGUCAGCUGACUUCCAUGUAGCUCUAAGUCUCUCUCUUCUAGUCUUCACUCAGGGUGGAAAUGGCCAGGUGACUCACAAUAUAGGACAUUAUGAUACAUGAUACUUGGCACACAAUGGAGGUAAUAUCCCAAUACAGCGAUACUGAGAUAAUGGACAAGCAGGCAUUGUAAGAUAAUCAUCAUAGCAAUAAAUUAUUUGGUUUUUAUGUGGACAAGUAUGACUGUGCCUGUAGCUGAGUUCUUUUUGAACUCCAGAGUGUAAAGUCAGAGCUGCUGUGGUGUCAGUCUUAUACAAGGUGAAAUUAGUCAGAUGGAUACCCACAGCAAAGGCAUUUUGAAUCAUGUAGCGUAGUAACGUGGUGAAUGUAGCCUGUAUUUUCCCUUUGCAGCAUCACCUAACCUCCGUACCAUCCUCCGUGACCUCGUAAGGCCACCCUGCCUCCGUGUCACACUAAUAUGGGUAAUAACAACCAAGCAUAUCUCCUUCUCUUCCUGAAAACACUAGCCUUUCAUGUUAGCAGGAGAGGUAGGAGGUGCUGUUGGCUGCUUAGUGCAGCCCUGGAGGAUAGGUGAUACGCUGCAGUCUUAUAAUCCCUACUCCAAAGUAUUGGAAGGUAAAUCCGCUAUCUGUCUGGCACAGGUCAAAAGGGAAAGUGAUCACAAUUAGUUGGAGCACAGCUUUAUAGAGCCUGUCCUAGCUAAUGUGACGCUAGUGUUUCCUGACUGACAGAAUAUUGUCCCUCAGUGUAAUGAUGGAUAAUAGACAGCAUGUAUGGCGUGUUUUGAAGAGCAGGGUUCAUAUUCUGCAGCUUUAAUGCAUGGUGGCACAACACCGAGCUCCAUAUCAUCCUAUUAUUUCGAUCCUGAAAGAGAAAACCAAAGCGUAUAUAGGCCUAGCUGCUCUUUAUUCAGGUGGGGAGUUUCUGGGCCAGAUAAAAUUGGAAUGAGGAGAUAGCACACAUUUAAAUUAGCUGCAAAAAUCUGAGUUAAGUAAUUUGAGAUCAUUGCAUUUUUCUGUCCUGAGUUGAUCGACUGAAAGGUCCAGGUUCUUUGUGGUUUUCCUCCUGCUGUCAGUGUAUUAGCUGUAGUUUUGUCCACACGAUCAUCCACAGCCUCUCUGCCUCUCUGUGGGUGGCUUGUCCUACAGACCAGCUUUAUGCACUGAGCUGACUGGGACCAUGUGUUUCCAUGUCUGGCCCACCGUGUGGAGACAUGAGACAGGUGGAGUGGCUUGGGUGGGAGGUAGGGAGGACCAGAUAGAGGCUCCUGUUGCUACUGUUGAGUUUAUUUUGCACUCAAGAGUAGGACUACUCGAUUGUGUCGUGGUUUGUGGUUGCUCGUGAUGUGCUGUGUUAUGCAAACCGGAGGUUUUUGAUAGAGAGAUUUCCGUUGUGCUAGGUGUCUGCUCAGCAUACUGCAGUUACAUGGAAGUGGGUGACAGAAGGUCUGCGUGUUGGAUGGAGGUAGAUCAUGGAGUGUCCCAGCUGUAGGAACCAGCUGGUGGAUGGGGAGGGGACUGGUCUACCGGAAGGGGCUUCCUCAUUCACAAGGAGCUGCCUAGACUAGGUCCCCACAACAUGCUGGAGGAUCAGACAGAGGGUUCUUUUAUGGUGUUUUUUUAAAUGUUUCAUCUUUGUGUAUUAGUGUACCAAAACCAGGCAUGUAAGAAGAAGAUGUUUGAGUUAUUUGAACCAUCUCUCCACCCCAACUAUGUCCCCAAAGUGACUGUAAACCUGACGUGCAUCUUAAAACCUGCUCCUGCAAAAGAACAGCUGCAGUUAACACAGAGUUGGCUCACUGAGAUCACAAGUAACCAAGUGCAUUAUAUAAUAAGAGACAUUAUCCAAGGUAACAUUGCUAAUAGUGUGCAUUAGAUUGCCUGUGAUGUAAUGCAUGGGCCAAACUCCUUCAAGUAGACACGAAUGUUUCUAAUUCCCCUCCUUUGCUUGAUAUGUGGUUUGAAUAAAUUUCCUGUCAAUCUCAUCGGUCUCAUCUUUCUGUGGGUUACAAAACCAGUUUCCCGGUUGAUGAAAAAUUAACUUGUGUUCUUUCUCUGACAGGUACAAUGGCUCUCUGCCAAAUGGAGAUCGAGGCAGAAGGAAAAGCAGAUUUGCGCUGUACAGGAGGACCAAAGCCAACGGUGUGAAGCCGAGCACUGUGCACAUCCUCAACACGCCCCAGGCCAGCAAGGUAACAUUUAAUGAAUAGCUCGAGUUUUGUCAAUAUGUUCAAGCAGUUGUAUUUCAUUAUGUGAUUGAAGUCAGCAAAUUAAAAGGAGUUAAAAAAGAAAAGCUUUCCAGAACAGCUGAGUGGUCAGUGAUUCUGUAAGCUCAUAGAGAGGGAAGUAAACUCCUUAACAUUGUUUUUGGCAGGCCUAAAUGCUGACAUUCCCAGUACAAUAACUGCAGCGCUCAGCCGGGCCUCAUAGCUUUUCUUUGCACAGGAGUGCCUCGCAGAAACUGCCCCGUCAAGUAUAACAUGUCCGCCUUCCUGCAUUCCUGCCUUAGCAAAAAGUGCUAAACAAGCUGAAGGACGUGCUUACCUCUGCACCUCGCAAAGGCCAAUAUUUCAGACUUUUGUCGAGAGUUUAGCUCAAUUGUCCGGAAGGCCCUCUGGUUCAGGUUACUCUCACCCAUUUGGAACUUGACUCCUGAUGUCUGCGAAGAGGUUUCUCUGCAGAAGAGGCCCUCCCUCCGCUGAGAUUGUGCAUCAUUCGAGGUUUCAUUUGAGUUCAGUUCUGUGCUACUUUUGACCGUGAAACAUGGCAAAAGUGUUUCCGAUGAUUCACACAGCCGGUUGUUUCUAGGGCAGCUCUUUUUUUCAGUCUAAACAAUUAGUCACUGACAGAUUCAAAGAUGGGAACUUGGGUUGUCCUCUUCCCCUUUCCCCUCUCUUCCUCUCUGCCAUCCUGUUACCAGGCCUGGGAUUAAGGGGGUAAACUGAGGAGGAAGUUGUUUCAGUUGCCUGACCCUGCACGUCCCAGCAGUACACAAGGUCAAAAAUAGCCAUUCCUUAGAGACGAGCAGUGUUGAGAGCCUUAUUAUUGAGUAGGCAGUAAAUUGAACCGAGCCAUUUUUCCUUUUUUUUUUCCUCAUGUUUUCUUUCCUACUGCACUCCCUCACAGUGUAGCAGUGUUGUACGGAUGAACUGAGACUGCUCUGUGGCUCAGACACUGAGGGGAAGCUCACGUGUCUGUGCACACUCUGGUGUUCAUGACAGAUAACGUGGAGCUCCCAUGAUGCCGCUGCUUGCUUCCCUUCUAUUCAAAUCAUGCCCCUGCUCUCUCGUGUCCCUGCUUGAUCUCAAUCAUUGCGUUUGUUCAUGGGUGAUUGUUUGCAGCAGCCUUCCUUAAGGACGGGGUCAGAUGGUUUUGUUUUAAAUUUCACUCCUUCAGCCGAGGACAGGGGUGUGUGACAUUUUGGAGGUGUGUGUGUCUUUGUACCUUUAAAUAUACAUGUUUAUGUUUUGGAGCAUGUAUGAAGUUCCUCAGCUGUGGAACAGGUGGAGCACCAUUUGUUUAUAGUGGCUGCAUGUGAUGAUGACAUUUGUCCCCGUCUGUCUCUGAGGUUACAGGAGAGUGUGGCAGCAGUGAUGACCCACUUUCUCUCCCCCUCUUGCACGUGACAAAAGCAGAGGAGGAGGAGGAGGAUGGGAGGGGGGCAUGUUUGGGAAAUGGAAUUCUCAGAUUAGAGCCGGAUGAUAGUGGCAUGUUGUAAAGUGUUGAUGGGAGCCUGGUCUAACUGGCUUUAACCCACCAUCCGUCACCGCACUGACCGAGGCUGUUCAGCUGGUGGGCGAGCUUGUGUUAACUGAGGCCAGCGGGCAAUUUAUGGUCACUGUCAUUGGAGUGUACACGCUGCUCCUCUACUACAAACUCCUGCCAGAGGUCUGUCACAGAAUAAGUGCACCAACAGUCUUACACUGAUGUCUGUAUGAUGAAUGACUUUGUUUAUGAAAGCUCCAUAGAUAGAUGUAUUAAACCUGAGUUGUAACCUCAGCAGCAAUGCAGAAGUUUGAUCCAUCAAAGGCAGAUUUGCUCACGCAGUGUGUACUAGGGGUGGGAGUCACCAGGGGCCCCAAGAUACAAUAUCAUCGUGUUACUAGGGCCAUGAUACGAUAUUAUUGCGAUUUUUAAAUCUUUGCAAUACAGUAAGAUUUGUGAUACAAUAUAUUGCGAUUUAUACACAUCUUUUCAACUGUUUGGCUAAUUUAGCAUUUGGCUUUCCUUUAUGUUUGUCUUAUUUACACUGUAUUUUAUUUUCAUGAAGCACAUCUUACAAACCUUUUAUAUAUAUAUAUAUAUUUGUUGUACUAACUUUUUCCUGCACUAUGACGACACCUCUGCCAACCUCACUGGACACAUUUUAUUUUUCCAUUAUCAUAGAUUUGACUUCAUCUGUUAAUUUGAAAAAAAAAACAAUACUUGGUAAAUGAGACGAUACAAUACACCACCAGACAAAAUAUCGUGAUACUAUGCUGUAGCGAUAUUUUCUCCCACCCCUAAUGUGUACCCUCCGGUGGCUAAAGUAUUUAUUAGUUUUGUUUGGUAAUGAAGCGAAAUGUACGGCAUGUUUGUGAUGAGUUGUUUGAUUCUUCCAGGCUGUGAACUGUAAAGGCCAACACAGCAUCUCCUACACACUAUCCAGGAACCAGACGGUAGUGGUGGAGUACUGCCAUGACAAAGACACAGACAUGUUUCAGGUAAUAAACAUUUCAAUCUGAACAUUUUCUGUUUGCUAUGUUAGCAUGAGGUGAUAAAUCCUUUGUGUUUCAUCAGGGAUAGAAAUUUAAAUUCACUUUUAUUAUCAGUCCUUUUAAUAAUUUGUGCCUCUUAUGUACAACUUGUUAGCAGGGUUGGAAAGUAUGGAAAGUAUGGAAGUAAUUUGAUCAAUAUCCAGGUCUUAAAAAGUAUGGUAAAUGAAAAAUAAAGUCCAGAGAUAUAUUUAGGUUUCUAGACUGUUGCCAAAAUAAAAAAAUACUGUUUCCUAAAAUAGAAAAGCAGGUAUUUCCAAAAAUAAUUCUAAAAAGUAGGGUAUGGAAAAGUAUGGAAAUUCCAACUGUGUAGGAACCCUGUGUUGGUUUUGAUUUUAGUUGAGGAAGUUGAAACAAGCAGUGUUAGAUAACCUCAAAUAUGACGUAGUGCUUUACACCAGGGACUCUGUGUGAUUAUUAACUACUCUGUUAGUUACAAUGAUCCGGGUGUAAAGCAAUCAAAUUCAGGGAAGUCACAACAACAGAUAAACAUGUGACCCUGUAAUUGUGUCUGUUUGUGAAAAGUAAACACUGAGCAGGAUCACAAACAAAGCAGAGAAGAGGAAACUGUCCAAAAAAGGGGGACUUAAGGGUCAAUUUUAGAUGGAAAAAAAGAGGAAAUGAAAAGAGGAAAAGAUUAUUUUUACCUUUUGUUUGUUCAGCUUGAGAGGUUUUUAGACUUUUUUAGGGGUUGAAAAAAACAAGUUAAAAACAUUGAGAUAUUUUGCUGCUUAAUGAAAUUUUAACAUUUAUCGUGACUUUUUGCACAAACGUACUUAACGUACGUAAUGUCCACGCUCUGCUGGGAAUUCAAAGUAUCACUGUUGUCACUGCAUUACAAAAAGCUGUGUUAUCAUGGUAUUGAUUCAUUACUGUGUUGUUGUGCAGAUUGGGCGUUCCACCGAGAGCCCCAUAGACUUUGUGGUGACUGACACAAUAGCGGGAGGCCAGGAUGGAGAGGAGACUCCCAUCACACAGAGCACCAUCUCCCGUUUCGCCUGCAGAGUCGUCUGUGAGCGAAACCCGCCCUUCACUGCUCGCAUCUACGCAGCUGGUUUUGAUUCUUCCAAAAACAUCUUCCUCGGGGUAAUUACUAUUUAAAGUAGCAUGGUGGAUAAACAGGACUUUUAUAUCCAUUAUUAAUCACAGACAGGAUAUCCUUUCAAUCUGUAGGUUUGGACCAGUGAACAAAAGCAAUUUCUCCACCACUGUUGUUCAAAAAGUCAGUUUGCAUCACCAUCCUUGUUUCUGUCCUGCCCGUAGGAAAAAGCUGCAAAAUGGAAGAACCCAGAUGGUCACAUGGAUGGACUGACAACCAAUGGCGUGCUGGUAAUGCAUCCUAAGGGUGGCUUCACGGAGGAGUCAAAGCCUGGUGUUUGGAGAGAGAUCUCUGUUUGUGGGGAUGUUUACACACUGAGAGAGACCCGCUCAGCACAGACCCCGGGCAAACUGGUCAGUGGCUUCAUACAUACAGCAGACUGAUGCAGCUGAUGCUUUCUUAACCAGAUAUUCCCCAGAUGAAAAAAAAAACUAACAUAGUCAUAUAAAGUGUAUCAGCAAAGAAGCUAAAUGUGCAUCUGUUUCAUAUGCAGGUGGAGAAUGAGAGCAACAUACUGCAGGAUGGCUCCCUGGUGGAUCUGUGUGGAGCCACUUUGCUGUGGCGUACUGCUGAGGGCCUCUUCCAGGCUCCCACCCAAAAGCAUCUGGAGGCUCUCAGGCAGGAGAUCAAUGCUGCUCGGCCUCAGUGUCCUGUGGGUCUCAACACACUUGCCUUCCCCAGCAUGCAACGCAGCCGCGCCCUCUCCUCUCUGGAGGACAAGCAGCCCUGGGUCUACCUUGCCUGUGGUCACGUGCACGGCUACCACAACUGGGGCCACCGUUCAGAGCACGAGCCAAACACCCAGCGAGAGUGUCCCAUGUGCCGGGUGGUCGGGCCCUACGUACCGCUGUGGCUAGGCUGUGAGCCGGCCUUCUACGUAGACACAGGGGCACCAACGCACGCCUUUGUGCCAUGUGGACACGUGUGCUCAGAGAAAUCAGUCAAGUACUGGGCGGAGAUCCCUCUGCCCCACGGCACCCACGCCUUCCACGCUGCCUGCCCCUUCUGUGCCACCCAGCUCAGUCUGACUCAGGGCUUCUCCAAGCUGAUCUUCCAAGGCCCUGUGGACUGAGGUGAAGGGUCUCAGCUGUGGCAAAGAAGAGGAGACAGAAAUGCCAACAUGCUGUGAAACUCCUCGGAUUAUUUUGUGCUUUGUUUUGUUCAUGUAAGCUAGCUGUGGACAAGAGAAAGUUCUGGUCACAUUCUGUGGAUUCUGCACAACAGAGAGCCGUUCCAGGUCGCUCAGGGCCUCUUGUGGCUGUUUUGAUGACCUCUGUGGGAAACAGAGAUGCGAGGCCCACAGGACCACAGACGCCUGGCUCUUCUUGAAUGAAACACUGUUGUAGCUGUUCUGCCAGCCUACCGCUUUAACCAAGGCUCCAGAUUUCAGAUGUUUUCAACUACAAUGGCUGCUGGAUUUGCAUCAGACGGCCACAGAGUCAAGAUUGCUGAAGGAAUGUAUUGAUUUUACUCCUGAUUCAGACUGAAGCAGAAAAGAUUAAGUGGGUUUUGUUGGGUCUGUUUAGGAUAGAGGGUUUUUAGUUCAAUUCCUGAUGAACCUGAGUCUAUACAGAGCCAGACAGCUGGACUGUUGGCUGGGAGAAAGCACAGGAGAAACUCUGGGUCAAAGUGUCUCCUCCCCUUGAAACUCUGAUGUCACCUGGUUCCUGCAGCUCUCUGGAUUUUCUCCCGUUGGCUGAACAAACUUUUAGGAGGGUCAAAGACUUUUUGUCUAUAGAGAUAUAAUCCAGUGCCUCAAAUCCCAUCAAAAUGUGGGAAUAUUUUUCUUAAAUGAGAUAUUUUGUCGAAGGCAAAAGGAGAGAUAGUUUUACAUCCAGAAGACACAAGGAAAUUGCAACCCAUACAGAUUCUUCUUCACGUUUUUACCCGACUGAAGACAUAUUUUACUACACUGAGGCCCUUGUACUGUUUUAUAAUACAAAUGUUAAUAUAUUUUUCUCCUGCAUAAAUAAUGUGUGCGUGUGAGCAUGAAUGUCUGAUUCCAUGUGUGUGUGGGUGUGUGUGUUGGUUGGACUGUAUGGGCCUUGUUCAAAUCGCCCUGCAUCAUUUCACCCCAGUUCCUGUUUUAUGAUCUCGCCUUCCACCCCCCCCCCCCCUGAAAAAACAACGCUACCGGAGAGAACACAGGACAACAGCGAGCUCACAGGGUUCGACAAUGAAUGUACUGAUCAUUGGCUGUCUUCACUGGUGGUGCUCCGUUAACUUGAUUUCUAAAUGGCUGUGCUGUUAAAGGGUAUGGAAUAUUUCUGAAAAUGUGCCACCAUCCGAGUCAGCCGCACCUGUGCGCUCGCUCCAAGGCUAGCUGUGUCUCUGACCUGCACACAUGUACUGUUUUCAAUCUGCACUGUUGUUAGCUUUAUCCCACGCUGGGUCUGAUCCAAUGAUUUCUCCGCUGUCAAACCUGGGCACAGUCUCAGCAGCAUCCAGAGAUUAUACCAAAUGUAAGGAGUAGCUGUUUUCCUCUCCACAUGAGAGCUGUAACGUCCACUCUCUCCACUCCAAAGUGUUUCUGUAAACACUCCUAAACCCAAACUGCUGUUUCGGUGGAACGAUGACAGCUCUGGAUUACAGAUGAGGCUGUUUGCAACCAGCUGCAUGGGAAUAAUGAUAUUAUUGCACACUAUGCCAAAUUUAGUAACUUCUAUUGUGUGUGGAUGAGUCAAGUUGUCCUAAACAAAGCAGCGGCUGAAUUCAUGCUAAAGAAUCUGGGACAAAUCUGUGCAUUCUUCUGGGAUGUUAGCUUACCAGACUGUGCCCAUAUGUAGUGUGUAGUCAAAGGCAUUAAUCAGCCAUUAGCUUAUAAAAUGUGAUAUGUUAGCAUUAAAUUAUGAAAUACUGAGGCUCCUGUUCUAACAUUCAAAAUUUCUUAAAAGUUGCAUUCAAAUGAAUCCAAAUCAGAAGCUGAGUUCAAAGGAGAAUUCACCUUGUUUCAGGCCUACUUGACUUCUGGAGCAUUUUUCUCUUUCUGUUCUUUCCUAAGACAAACAUACCGAGCAUUCUUACAGGCAUCAGCAGCAUUAUGCUUCCCUCUCAACACAGAACAUUUCUGAUUGGCCUGUUUUCUUCAGAUUUUAUAUAACUGUCAAGCAGGGUUGAGUACUAAGCCACAUAAUGUACAGUAGCAUUCCUCUCCAACACUCUGAGCACUCUGACACUGUGCCCGUUUGCUUGAGACCGUGUUCUGUAACAGCUGCCGAGUAGCUGCCUCAAACAUUCCUCCUUGGUAAACAUGGGUGGGGCCCUCAGUUCACUCAAGGGCUUGUUCUAUGAUUUUGUCUCCUACAGGAUCUCUGUACACAAGCCAUAGAACACACUGAUGCUCCCAAUGCCUCCUUUGCAAAAAUAAAACAUUUUUAAAAAACGGA